UCACAUCUCUAAAUCAGCUGUAUUUUGUUUUGAUAAGAACUAAUUGCACAUAAUAGACUGCUAUAUUUAUUUAUAAAACUUUAAAUUACAAGAAUUAAGAUGUCAGAGAGUGCUAAUUUACGUCAGAAUUUACAAAAUGUACCUUCAAUAUUUGAAAUAAGUGCCGCUGAAACUUUGGAUUCCCUUAUUUAUCCAGCGCUUAGUAAAAUAUUUGAUUACCUCCAUCUUGGUGUGGACUUUAAGCUUUUGGGUGCAUACAGAUUAAAAGGAGAGGUGUCACCUGUAUUGACAUGGGUACUCCAAUAUUUAUAUUUGCGCAACAGAGGUUCUUCAUUUGGCGAAAGUUUCUAUGGUUUGCACAGAACUGGCAUGACAUCUGGUGAAUUAAUGACGCGACAGCAGAAAUUCAUAUCCGCCACUAUCUUAACAUUAAUGCCCUACUUGGAGCGAAAAUUAAAAACACGCAGCGCUCAUCAUGAAGAUGUUUCGUUUUGGGAACGACAAUUGCUGAAUGCAUUACAUGUAUACCAUGCUUCAAAAGCCAUACACACCUUUCUAUAUCUAAUAAAGUAUGCCGGAAGUCAUUCUCCAAUUUUUCGCGCUUUAAAUUUGUCAUUGCGUUAUCCUACCGAACCACCAAAAGAUGAUAAAACCACCUAUGUCUUUCUCAAGUUACUUGAAGUCUUUGCUUUCUUUCUGCAAUUCAUACAGUGGUGGUAUUCCAACGACCAGCGUCGUAAAAUAGGAGGAACGUUAAAAAAUCCAGAACCAUUUAAAAAUAAAUCAGACAUGUCAAGCGAAAAUUUACCAGAAAAAGGUAAUUGUCCGGUGUGUCUUAUGAAAAUUCAAACACCCACUGCAUGCAGCAUAUCUGGUUAUGUUUACUGCUGGAAAUGUAUAAUUUCGCAUUUAAAAGGACGUUCUACUUGUCCAGUUACUGGACACCAAAUCACCUUAGACGAUUUAGUACGAAUUUACGAAACAUGAGAAUAUAUCAGUUGUUAUUGUUUAUCACACAUUUAUGAAAUAGUUUAAGCAUUGAAUUUGUAGAACAGUGGACUUUAACGUUACUGUUUUGGUGGCUGUGCGAUGUAAUGUACCUUGUGUUUGUUCAAAAUAAAAACAAAAUAUAUUUAAUAUCUCAGCUAGAUUUAUUGUUAUUGCUAUCUAUCUACUUGUAUAAUUUUAUCACUAAAAAGUGUUUUGAGCAAAAUAUAAUAUACAAAGCACGUACAUAUGUAUGUAUGCAUGUACACUGUUUUGAGCGUGCAUUAAAUUUUUUUAUUAUUUAUAAAUCACUGCUAAAGUUUCGGUAAAAAAUAAGUUUUUCAAUUGUAAAGUUAAGUAAUCUCUCGACUUAAAUUAGUUAUACAUAUAUAUACUUGCACUAAAGCUGAUAGAGUAAAAAAAAUUAUAUAUGCUAUUGCAAUUAUUACAAUUAUUUAAAAUUGAGAUAAGUAAAGCCCUCGUUCCCAGUCAAAAGUAACAUGCAUUGCAUGAAAAUCCCAGUAUGCAGUCAUAUGGUAAGCCAUAUUCGUUAGCACAACGAUAUACUCGAAGAGUGCAAAAAAUGUGUAAACUGCAUAAGAAGAUACAAAGUUCAUUUGUUAUUAGAUUACAAUUACUUUUUCUUUCAUUUUACAAACUUACCGCCCGGCUCGCAAGACGAAUUAUGCCGCAAGAAGCAAUAUCCCGCCAAAACAAAAGCUGUUACAUUUGUUAUAAACAAAUUUCUUUUGUACAACAGUGAUUUUUCUUCCAUUUGUAAGAGCGGUACUUUACGUCCAUUUUUGUUGAGGAAGUAAGAUAAGAGCAUAUACAUUUCACUACAGGCAAUAAACACAACGAAAGAGUUUCGAUGUAUCGGAUAAUUAUCUAACGAUGUCCACAAUGAUAGACUUAGAAGCGCGAAAUUCUCCACCAUAUUUAGUAGGCAAGCAAUAAUAGCAUAAACACGUCGAUUACGUCUUAUUGUAUCUUUAUAGUAUUGCAUGUACAUUUUGACAACAGCUAUUCGAAAGGGUAGUUGCAUUGUGAUCGCCAAGCGCCAAACGGUUUUUUGUGGUUCAUAAUUUCCAAUCGCCGCUGAUAUGGAGGGUAAAUAGUUGGGUACAUCACAGUGUGUCGACGUGGAACGGUCAAAUUCGAAGAUUAACGACCAAAUUACACAAAAUGCAAAACUGCCAAGUGGCAGACUCACAACUGCAAGUGCAAUUUUUCCAAAUGGAACGCGGAAUAACGGUUUUGAACCAUCCAAACGGAGAAAAGAAUUUAGAACGCAAAAAUACUUUGAGAAAAAGUACUGGAAUUUAAUUUAAAUUAAAAUAUUGGAAAAAGGAACACUUGUAUAACAUUUUUUUAAAAUUCAAAUACAUUCGACUGCUAUAAGCUGCGGUAAAGAUGAC